AAAGGUGUUUUCGGCCUAUAAAUGAGGUCAGAGGAUUCAGUCAAACCAGUGCUUAGCAUUGGUUUGAGAAAAUAGCGACAGUUAGCUUAUUAAAACUGGACACAUGGCCUAAAGAGGAGAAUAAUAAAGAUGUUUUUUUAAUAAUGCGAAAAGAAUAUGUUUUUAUUUUUUCAAAAGUGGCAUAAAUUCCUCAUGUAUCCCAUGGUAAUGUUUUAAAUGGAGAAAUAGUUGUGUGCAUUUUAUGGUUUGAUGUUUAAAAAAAUGUCCCUUGCCAUAUGGCGCCCUCAUGCGGCCGCUUUUAAUAUGAGCAGGACCUCAAAAAGUUGCAGUCUGUCUUAGCAACCAGACGCUCUUGCCUGGAUACAGACUGAUGGCUAACACUGGCUAAAGCAACCAGCGAGGUUUGCUGCUGUUCAGUUCUCCAUGGAAAAUAAUUUUGAUUUAGAUGUACACUAAAUUUAGCCGAUUGAUAUUUAAACGGUCUCCUGUCGUACUUACUAUUUACAAGCACAACGUUAGAAGCUAGCACAGCUAGCGCUGAUGUGUGGUGACUUCGUACUCUUACUUGCUGACCUCAGUUAUUACAGAGAUAUGUUGUCAAAUGAGAAGCAAAAGAACCGCAGUGAAGAGGAAGUGAUCAAAAAACUGUGCAUGGCUAAUGGAGUCCCCUAUGAAAAAAUUGCACAAGAGGGAAGCAACAUCACAUCACUGGAGAUGUUCUUCUCUGGUUUCCCCCGCAUGAUUGGCCUUUCCUUCUUCCCAAGGCUGUCCCAGCUUACCAUAAUAGGCCAGAACAUAGAGCACAUUGAUGGGCUUGAGUGCUGUCCUCUGCUUCAGGAGCUCUGGAUAGUCCAGUGCCAUCUGACGGAAAUAUCUGGACUACAGAACUGCCUGCAGCUGGAGAAACUGUACCUUUAUGAGAACAAAAUCUGUGAAAUAAAGAAUCUGGACUUGCAGGUCCACCUAGAGGUGCUGUGGAUCAAUAACAACUGCAUAACUAAGAUUAAGGGCUUGGACACACUUCUAGACCUUAAAGAACUAAACCUUGCUGACAACAUUAUUGAAAAGAUCGGGCACAGCCUUGAUCCUAAUGUCAACCUUCAGAAACUCAAUCUGUCUGGAAACAAGAUCAGCUCCUUUAAGGAGUUGAGCCAGCUUGCCCGACUGCCCCGUCUGAGUGAGUUAGCAUUGAAAGACCCCACGUCAACCCCAAAUCCGGUGUGUCUCCUUUGUAACUAUGACACGCACAUUCUUUACCACGUGCCAAGCCUCCAGCGACUCGACAUCUACGACGUCUCCAGCAAGCAAAUCAAGGAAGCAGCUGAGUCUGCAGUGAUGAAAAAAAUUAUGUACUACAAUAUGCGUGUACGCACAGCUCAGAGGAAACUAGCAGAGACCCGGCUCAGUCUGAUAGAGAGGAAGAAAACUCUAUCGCAGUCACCUGAAGAAUGCAUCAAGACUCUCACUCGUGCCCUUAAAUUUCUCGAACGUGAGCUCUCCGUGGGGCCAGUUGUUUGCAAGAAACCUACCUGCCUGUCAGAAAGCGUAGAAGAAGGGCCACCACACCUGGAUGAAGGCUUAGCAGAAAGAAAUGAAUCAAUCAGUGGCAUAAGUCAGGAUCCAGCCACGGAGCACAAAGUACACGCUAAGAUUGAAGCGCUGAGGAAACGACUCAAACUAUGGACCAGGAGGCUAGAUGAGAUUCACAUCUGGUACGAGCGUGAUUUGGCCCGAGCCACAAAUAGGAUGGAGUAUACGGUGCAGUUUCUACUGAUGGAGCUAGAAAGUGUUGGAAAUAUCCGUUUGGAGGAGGGCUGCUCCACAGAUCCUUGGUUUACUUCUUGUUGUGACCUCCUACUUUCCCGCUUCUCUCCAUCAGACUACAAAACGUAUGGCAUCACUGAUAUUAGGGUGAAUAGAGUUAUCCGCAUCCACAAUAGUGCACUGAGACUUUGCUUUGAGGACAAGAUUCACCGUUUGCUAGCCAGCGAAGAUUUAUCUUCCCAGAAUUACAGACGUCAGCUGGAGUAUUUAUUCUACAUAGUUGACCCUGAAAAAUGUGAGAAGGAUGAAACUUUGCAGAUUCUCCAGGAAGGCUUCAAAACAACAGAGCAGCAGAAGGCCAUGGGAAAAGAGGGUGCUAUACCUUUUUCCAAUAGCCUGAGUUUGAACGAGCAGUCCAGAAUUGAGUACACACUUCGCCAGACCAGCCAAAGUCACACUAAACACAGCAUGGAUACGAUUCCCUUCAGGCACGGUCAGGUCAAUGUUUCCAAAGUGUUCGUGGGUAAAAGCAUGCACAUCCGAGAUGGAGAACCGGUGGACAGAAGCAAUUAUCCUGGAGUUUACUCUGUGUAUCGCAGUGUGGAGACAAAGCACAGAUCUGCAAUGAGUGAAGAAAGAUCCGGCUCCAACAAAACACACACUGAUCUUGAGUCCAGUCCCCGCCGAAGGCAGUGGUUUGUGUUUGACCACGAGCUUGUCCUGCCCGAGUACAUCAUAUAUUAUGAAUACAUCACUCAGGACAAAGACAAACCUACAUUGCUGAGCCAUAGCACAGACAGAGAUCCUUCCAAUGAUGUUGCUCUGGACAAAGAGGUCCUCAACAGGGAACCUGUUCUUAAACCUCAGCCCAAGUUAUUGAGCUUGGAUGAUAAAAUUCUGCUUAGUGUUGCCCGAGCCAAUGUCCUCAGUCAAAUCACAGUGCUUAACCUUCAUGGCAACAGCCUGAGCAACAUAAAGGAGAUUUCCAGCCUCACGGCUCUAAGGCAUCUUACUGUCAGCUUCAAUGAGUUCACGCACCUUGAUGACAUUUCUCACAUGCCAAAUCUUGAGUUUUUGGACGCUAGCUUUAACCACCUGGUGACUCUGGAAGGUCUGCGGGGGCUGGGACAGCUCAAACAACUCGAUGUGCGCUGGAACAAGCUGACCAAGGUCAGAGAGGAUACAGCUGUGCUCAGAAAACACACACCUGCUCUGCUGAAACUGGACACCCGAUACAAUCCUUGGAACAGGCCCGAGGCAGUCAGAAUGACCAUACUAGGCCAUCUCAUGAACCUCACACACCUGGAUGAUGUGCUGGUAGCAGAGGAGGAGGCUGCUGAAGCUGUUCAGAUGGCAGCUGGGUCCAAAAUUAACCAGGCGUCUCUUCUGGCACACUCGCGUACCAAGAGUGACCGUCCCCGCACUCUUAGUCUGCUGUCAACAGCCCAGCUCCUGUAUCAUUUGAGUCCAUCACCCUGGGGCCUUGGUAAAGAACUGGACCAAGACUGGACUGCAAAAAUCACCACCCUGAACCUUGACAACCAGAGGAUUUCCAAGAUGAUCAAUCUAAGUAAGCUGGUGAACCUGCGCUGGGCCUCCUUUAAUGAUAACGAGAUCUCAAAAGUCGAGGGUCUGGACAACUGCCUGAAGCUGGAAGAACUGUCCCUAAACAACAACAGUAUUUGCACACUCAGUGGCCUCACACGACUCCAUUGCCUAAAUAAACUGAGUGUAGAUGGGAAUCGGCUAACCAGUCUGGACGUCUCAACUCUCGACGGGCUGUCCAGCUUGUCUUUUCUGUCAGCUGAGAACAACUGUAUUGCUUCUCUUCAUGGCAUCCAGAGACUUCGGUCUCUCCUUGAACUUUACAUCGGCAGCAACCAGAUCUCUACAUCAAGAGACAUCUACUGUCUGAAAGGAUUGACAAACCUCCUCAUCCUGGAUCUCUGUGGGAACCCUUUAGUGGAGAAACUGGAAAACUAUCGAAUAUAUGUAGUGUUUCAUCUCCCCUUCCUCAAAGCUCUGGAUGGAAUUGCAGUGGAAGCAAGUGAGUGUGAGAGUGCAAAGAAUAUGUUUAUGGGAAGACUGACCACCGACACAGUGGCAGAGAAGCUGGGCCACUCAAACUACACAGAAAUCACACACCUAAACCUUCAGGCCUGUUCCAUUAGGAUAGUUGAUCUGUCUCCACCAGAACUCUUCCGUAAUGUGCGCUGCAUCAACUUAGACCAUAGCAACCUCACAUCCUUCUCAGGCCUCAUCCACCUGCCCAACAUCAAAGCUCUGUGUCUCAACUAUAACCACAUAGAGUCAAUUCUGCCCAGGCAGAAGACUCAGACUCAUCUGACAAGCAGACAGAUACUAUACAGCAAAGUGCACUCCAGUGGCUACAGCCAACAGAGCACAUCUAAAGCCAGCAGGGAUACUGGGCCCACUGGCAGCCUGGAGCCACUGAUGGGAAGCCUGGAGGUGCUUCAUUUGAGUCACAAUGGCAUCUCCAAUAUGGCCAAUCUGCAGCUCAGCAGGCUCACCAAUCUUAAAGCACUCUUCCUCGAAGGCAAUGAGAUAAACCAAGUGGAAGGCUUGGAAGGGCUUCACCAACUCAGAGAGCUUGUGUUGAACAGAAACCGGAUUAAAACUCUGACCAAGAACUCUUUCGCAGCCCAGGCUCUCCUCCUAGAGCUGCACCUGGCACAGAACCGGAUCCGGGAGCUGAACCAUCUCGAUCCUCUGAUUGAGCUUCGCAAGCUCUCCCUCGACAUGAACAAGCUGCAGGACAUCGCAGAGCUUGACAAAUUAGAAACUCUUCCCUCACUGAAGGAGCUCUCUGUUGUUGGCAAUCCUGUGGCACGCAAUUCUGUCCACAGACCAGCAGUGGUGCUUCGCCUGCCCCAGCUGCAGGUCCUGGAUGGUGUGGACAUCACUCUGGAGGAAAGAACCAGGGUGGAACUCCUCAAUGCUGAUUCAUCACCAUACUCCCAUCACCCCGGAGCUCUCCUUCCUACAAGUGAAGUUAACCUUCCUGGACUGCUCGUGCCCCACAACCCCACUCUAAGAGUAAUGAGUGUAAGCGGAGGGCCGCAGAAUGUGAUGCACGGGCACAAUGUCCUGCAAAAUAACAUAGACGAAGACCAUUACACAUACAAAUGUAAGAAGCACAAACACAGUAACGUUGCUCGAAGUGGCCAAACUGAUAUUUACUUCAGACACAACCGAAGAACAGGAAGCAACAUUCCGACCACUGCUGGGAACAGACAACAAGAACAAGACAGCAGAUUCCCAAAUGGCGGUAGACUUCCACCCCAGUAGGAAUCAGAAGAGGUGGAACACGAGGUGAACACAUAUGGCGGCCAUCGCUGUUGUUUGUUUUUAUGUCCUGGUGUGAAAUUAAUGACAACAAUAAUCUAUGUGUAUCUAAAUCGUGGGAUUUUUGUAUGUUUUAAUAAAUUACUAUUAGUUAAUACAAGCAGCACUUUAAACUGAACUGCCUCUGAUGUAAAUUAGGCCGUUUUUUGGGGGGGGGGCACAUGUCGUGCCUUCCUCUCAAAUGCAUAUAUAAUGAUUGAGACUUCAUUUUUUUUAUAUGCGGAUCACUAACCAUGGUAAUCUGAGGAUGAGAGGUUUUGGUGUCAUUUUGAAUGCCAUCUCAUCUUUUGCAAACAAGUAGAAAAAACACACAGAUGUAAGGGCGUGUGAGGCUGGCAUGCCGCGUCCAUCGGGUCAGAUGCAUCCCCAACAAGUGGAUAAUCCAGCUUUAGCACACCUCUCUGUGGACAGUAAUCUGCAGUCGCUCAGAUAAAGAUAUAAUCUUGAAUACGGUCCAAAUGGAUUUCAGAGAUUGUCAGUUUCAUCAUGUUAGCCUCUUUUCGAAAAGCCCACAGCAGUUUCGUCUCUAACGUGCAAAUCUCCUGUGUUGUAAUGAACCCACUCCACUUUGUGUUUAUGAUGUUAGCUCAGUGGAGCAUUAAAAUAUAUUCUUCCUGUUUUCCUGUUGGCAUAAUCUAGUGGUGCCACAGUCAACAAAAACACCAGUCUGAAUAAGCCACAUAAGGCAUAAAUAUGUGAAGUAAAAACUCCUUACUGCAACGGGAAACAUUUAAAUAAAAAGCUUCAUUGCUUUCACAGUUGCUCUGCUGACUAUCAUACAUUAGAUCAACAUAGCAACUUGAGGUUUUAUAACAAAAUUUGUGCAAAAUUACACAGAGGAAUAUAAUUAUGAAAUCGCCAGUUUAAAAGACACAGUGUUCGCUGCAGAGAUUACGCAUUGGUGGUGUUAACAUGACCACUAGGUGUCCUUAGAGCUCCAUUAACACUGCUAAUCAGUCAGUGAGUUUUGACCUGUAUGCUGUAAGCUGAAGGAGGAUGUUUGCACUUCACUUUUGUGUCUCUCUUUCCGUGCAGCCUUUUUGCUCAACAUCCCAGAAAUAAGCCAGCUCUACGCAGAAAAAGUGAAAAGCUCUCCCCAAACAAGCUCCCCUAAUGCAUGUACUUAACUUCACUUAAUUUGUGUUAAUUCCCAGCAUUAAGCGGGGCUAAUGACUGCACAAGUGAGUGCACUGUCAUUACCCUGCUCUGCCUGACAUCAAAUGGCAGCUGAUGUACUUCUCUUGGAAAAAAAAAGCACAGGAGAGAUUUGGGGGCUCAGUGUGAGUGCUCUAAUGCGUUAGGUACUGCAGAGGAUAAUUACACAUUUUAUAUUUGAGUACAGUAUGCGCAGUAUGGAUAGUUAUAAAUAUAUUUCUAAUUCCUGUCGUGCGUGGUGUAAGCUUAUAGUGAGCAUGCCACUUUGCACGGCGUGUCUCAUAUCUGCAUAUCUUUCAGUGUUUCUUACAUUAAAACGACAUUAUCAUAAAGAUUGUGAAUAAUUCAUCACUUCUGUGCGAACCCAGAUGCACUGCUCCCUCUGUCUAUCUCGCUGCCUUUCCUAGCUCCUCCAUGUGAGUAGACCACAUGGUUUGUUGCUGGUUUAAUGGGAUGGAAUGUGACAGGUUAUGUUUUCAUCUGCCUUAUAUGAAGGCAGGAGUGACCGAGAGGGAGAAGAAGGAGAAGAAGAGACGCAGAGAGUGAGAGUGA